AUGCCUCGAGGACCAGAACUAUCACCAUCUACACGAUCGCGAAUCUGCAGCCUUCGUACCGAUGCGAAGUACUCCUACGGUAAAAUCGCAAGCCUUUUCCCUCAUAUCCCACGAAGCACAAUUGUCUCGACCUGCAAGCUUGAGGCUAUUCGUGGUAAAGAGAACGAUUCAUGCAGACGUACCGGUCGCCCAAGGAUCCUCUCUGAAGAAGAGAGAGAUUUAAUCUACGAUUAUAUUCAACAAAAACCAAGCUGCCGAUACUAUGAGCUUCUUGAUUUAGUGGAUAAUAAAAUCUGCGAGCGUACUCUACGAGACCUACUAAAAGAAUUCGGCCUACGGAAAUGGCGCAAGAUUACUCGACCUCAAUUGACUGAAAUCGACGCAGCGAAUCGUCUUGCCUGGGCCGAGAGAUAUCGCAAUUUUACGCCAGAGGAUUGGUCUCGGGUCUAUUUCUCUGAUGAAACCUCAAUUGAACGUGGUUCAGGCGCAGGUGCUGAGUGGACCUUUAUUCGGCCAAUUUAUCAAGCGCAAAUGGGUGAGGUUUAUCAGAAACCCUGCGGGAAACAGCUUCGCCAGAUGUUUUGGGCAUGUUUUAAUGGCGAUACUAGGCGAACUGGCCUAAUUCCUAUGUACGGCGAUCCCGAAUCAGCGCGUGGUGGUGUUACUGCGAACGUUGUACGAUCAACCUAUUCAACCUUCCUUCCAACAAUACUAUCAAAUCGAUCUAAUGCGAUUUUUAUGCAUGAUAACGCAUCUACACACACUGCGCAUAUAGUACGCGAUUUCCUAAGGGAUCUCGACGUAGAAGUUAUGCAAUGGCCGCCUCAUUCGCCAGAUCUAAAUCCAAUUGAGAACCUAUGGGGAUUACUAAAGCGUAAGCUGCUAGAGCUAUUUCCUGAGCUCUACGAUAUGCCUAAUAGUGAAGAAACCCGCCGCUAUCUAAUCGAAGCUGCACAAGCUACCUGGUCGCAGAUAGACCUUGAGAUCUUGCGUAAGCUUAGUAUUAGUAUGUGCAAUCGUGUGCAGGCAAUCAUCGAAUCUAAGGGGUGGUACACUACCUACUAG